CGCGAGCGCGGGCUCGGGGCGAGGGCAUCGCGGGCCCGGCGGGGGACACACGCGGCCGCGGCGGUGGCGGGAUGCGGCCCUCCGGACAGCGGGUUCGGCUUGGAGGCGCUGAGGAACAACACGCACAAGUGUGUCUUCAAUGAUCUCAGUGGCUCUGUAUCCCUCUCCUGGAUUGGGGAUGGCACUGGGGUUAUUCUUGUUUUGACCACAUUUCAAGUACCUCUGGUGAUAAUGAGUUUUGGGCAAUCUAAACUCUAUAGAAGUGAAGACUAUGGGAAAACAUUCAUAGACAUCACAGAUCUCAUUAACAACACUUUCAUCAGAACAGAAUUUGGAAUGGCUAUUGGACCAGAGAAUUCAGGGAAGGUGAUACUAACUGGGGAUAGAUCUGGCCCAUUUCACACCGGAAGAAUCUUCAGAUCAUCAGAUUUCGCUAAGAAUUUCGUAAUGACAGAUCUCCCUUUCCAUCCUUUGACUCAGAUAAUUUAUCACCCUCAGAAUUCUGAUUUGUUGUUGGUGCUUAGUACUGAGGGCAGCCUCUGGAUAUCCAGGUCCUUUGGUGAGAAAUGGAAAGAAAUCCACAAAGAUGUUUGCUUGGCCAAAUGGGGCCCUGGAAUAACCAUCUUCUUCACCACUUACCUGAAUGGCUCUUGUAAAGCUGAUCUGGGAUUACUUGAACUGAAGAGGACCAAAGACUUUGGGAAGACAUUCAAAACUAUAGGAAGUAAAAUCUACUCCUUUGGCCUUGGUGGCCGCUUCCUCUUUGCAUCAGUGAUGACCGAAAAGGGAACUACAAGGCGAAUCCAUGUGUCAUUGGAUCAAGGUGAAACCUGGAAUAUGGCCCAGCUUCCUUCAGUUGGUCAAGAACAGUUUUACUCUAUCUUGGCAGCUAAUGAUGACAUGGUGUUCAUGCAUGUAGAUGAACCUGGAGAUACUGGAUAUGGAACAAUUUAUACUUCUGAUGAUCAAGGCAUCAUAUAUUCUAAAUCUCUAGAAAGGCAUCUCUAUACCACCACUGGAGGAGAGACAGACUUCACUAAUGUGACCUCCUUGCGAGGCAUCUAUAUCACUAGUGUGCUCUCAGAAGAUAAUUUCAUUCGGUCGGUAAUUACCUUUGAUCAAGGAGGGGAAUGGGUACGCUUGAGAAAACCUGAAAAUGCUGAGUGUGAGUCAACAGCUAAAAAUAAGGAGAAGUGCAGCCUUCACAUCCAUGCAUCCUACAGCAUUUCUCAGAAAGUGAAUGUACCAAUGGGGCCUUUGUCUGAACCUAACGCUGUUGGAAUUGUCAUUGCUCAUGGAAGUGUGGGGGACACCAUUUCAAUAGUAAACCCAGAUGUUUACAUUUCGGAUGAUGGUGGCUACACCUGGGCACGAAUGCUCAAAGGACCUCAUCACUAUGCCAUCUUGGAUUCUGGGGGCAUCAUCGUGGCUGUGGAGCAAACCCAUCAUCCUAUCAAUAUGAUUAAGUUCUCAACAGAUGAAGGACAGUGUUGGCAUAGUUAUGUUUUCAGUAAGGACCCUAUUACUUUUACUGGCCUGGCAUCAGAACCAGGAGCAAAAUCAAUGAACGUUAGUAUCUGGGGAUUUACAGAGAGCUUUCUGUCCCGCCAGUGGGUCUCAUAUACUAUUGACUUCAAUGAUCUCCUCAAAAGGGACUGUGAGGAGAAGGAUUAUACAAAGUGGUUGGCUCACUCCAGUGAUGCCAGUAAUCCUGCAGAUGGCUGCAUACUAGGCUACAAGGAGGAAUACCUACGACUUCGCAAGUCAUCUGUCUGUCAGAAUGGCCGUGACUACAUAGUGACCAAGCAACCAUCCGUUUGCAUUUGCACAUUAGAUGACUUCCUUUGUGAUUUUGGCUACUUCCGUCCAGAAAACCAGUCUGAAUGUGUGGAGCAGCCAGAGCUGAAGGGUCACGACUUGGAGUUCUGUCUGUAUGGGAAGCGAGAGCGGUUAAAGACAAAAGGAUACCGAAAGAUUCCUGGAGACAAAUGCCUCGGUGGGGAGAAUCCCAACCGUGAAGAGACUGAUCUGAAAAAAAAAUGUACAAGCAACUACUUGAGCCCAAGUCAGUUGUCUGCCUCCUCAAACUCCACUCCAGUCAUCCUGGCUGUAAUAGGCUUGAUGCUCAUCACUGCUGUGGCUGGAGUAGUCAUCAUUAAGAAAUAUGUUUGUGGGGGAAGGUUUCUGGUUCACCGAUAUUCCGUCCUACAGCAGCAUGCGGAAGCCAAUGGCUUUGAAGGACUUGAAACACCAGAGGCCAGUAAAACUGGUUACCAUGAUGAUUCUGAUGAGGAUCUCCUGGAGUAAUGAUAUUACAGAUCUUGCUAGAACUGGAUACAUAUGAGUUUGAAUGCUGCUACAAAAAGGCGUGAAUGCCGACAGUCCAUUUUUCUCUCAUCUUUGAUGCCUUUUCCAUGUCCAAGGGAAUUCUGUGUUCCUCUUUCUUCAAUAAAAUUGUCUAAAACCAGCAAGACUGCAAGAACUGUGUUGCAGGGAGUAAGGGUAGGAGAGAAGACAUUGCAGCUCUGCAUGAGGAAGAAGGAAACGCUUCUUUUAAAAUGUAACAUUAUUUUAAUAAGAUUUCUUUCCUGAUCUUAAAAGAGAACUAAAUAGAAAUGUGAAAGCAACAUUUCACUCCAUAUUAGCAUUACUAGGUACAGAAUAUUAUGCUGCUGGAAGAAUGGCCCAAAUUCCUAGGUAGGGGACGUGUUUGACUCAACACUGUGAUGAUACUGCUUUGACGCUCCUGCAGUGUGACCAGCACUUUUCCUAGCAAGCAGAGCAUUAUGAUGCUGGAGCAGGAACUGGAGGAACUAACCAGCAUCCCAAAGGGUUUUGUACUGAAAUGGGGUUGCUUUUUGUUCUAACUAAAGUGUAAUCAACUGGCUGGAUGUGUGUUGUGCAAAGCAGAGAUUAUUCCAAGUCUCAAAGCAACUCUAAACUAAACUGUGAAAUCAGCAUGUAUGCUGCCAUAAAUCUUAUUUUUAGAAGGAAAGCAAAAUCAUCUGAGUGGGGAAGAUGAUUAUUGUAUAAAUGGUAGGACUAAACAUUACAGAUCUUUUAAAAAUAAGACUUGUUUAGAAUGUUAUGACCUCUUGAAGUAAUAGAAAUUAGGUGCUUUAGAUCGGUUUCUUGAAGGAAAGCUUCAUUACUUCACAGGCAGCACCAUGAUGUUGUUCAGUGUUUGUUUUUUGCUAUGCAUCUGUUUUCUUGAAAGCAAUAGAUCAAUGGUUGGAGCCCCUGCUCCACUAUGUGCAUUUAUCAGUUCCCUCAGUUAUACUCUCCAGAUGGAGUCAUACUCUGUUUUCCAAUGACACUUAGUUCACAGAAUUGUGAAGUGAAUUUUCACCAAGUGAUUUAGAAAUAUAUUGAACUCUAUAGCUUAAAAGGAGAUCUGCUAGGAUGUGAAUUGGCAAUAGAAGCAUCCUAAUCUGAUAACUGUUGCUGCAGGAAUAGAAGGCUUCUUCCUGAGCAGAAGCCACAGAACAACAACAUAUUCAACCAUUUGUGGCAUAGCUGGCGUUUGAUUUUCACUGCCAGUGGGGUGCAUUCCUAUGCCUAUUCAGAAGGAGAAAAGUCCUACACGUUCUUGGAUUCCCCAACUGGGGAACAGUGGGGCUUUUUUCUUUCCAAAUGUGCAUCGAAUUGCACUCUAAAGGACUGAAGUGUUUGAAGAGGCAAGAGUGAACUGAAUGACUCUCCGAAUAUUCAUUUGUUUAGUGCUUCAUAGAAUUUUAGCUACCCAAAUAAGCGAUUUUCACAGGCACAAAUGUGAAAUACACUUUGAGUGACUGGUGGUAUUACUACCCUUUCAUUGAGGACCGCAUUCACUAAAAGGUGUGGUUUUAAGUGUAAUUUGGGACAAGUCCUCUUAUAAUAAGCAUUGACGAAUAAGCUCUGCUUCUUUUAGAAUUGGACUUGGCCAACUAAGCUACUUUUGAUCAAGAGCAUGAUCAUGUCUGAACACCUGCCACCUCAUCCCUACAAACCCCACCUUCAGUGGAAGCACCUGCAGCUUGCCUCACUCUGCUUCCCUUCUCCCAAGCUUAUGUGACAGUGGAGCAGUGCAAGCAGGAAGUUCUCUGUGGGGGCUUUGGUAAGAGGCCAUCCUCCCUUCCUGGUCCCUAGCAUACUGCCAUUGCAUCCAUUCUGGGUCCUGGGAUCUGCAGAAUGUUUUCCAAGGGAAGUGGUGCUUGGGAUCAGGAGGUGCCAGAGUUGGAAAUACAAAGUAGUGCAUUGUAAACUGAAUGACAAUUGCUUCAUAAUGGAGGGAGUGGGUAGGAUUGAACUUUCUUUGUAAUGCAGGUGAACAUCACAAAAUGGGAUGCUAAUCCAAGUUUUGUCAACAUCAGUAAAUUCUGUUCUGAUUUAACAUCCUUCUCCUGCUGGCAAAAGUCCAGGGUUAGGGUUCUGGUUUGGUGAACUUGUUGACACUUGUCAUCAUUCACCGUGUCAUGAAGCCAACAUGUGAAGAAAAGAGUGAGCUUAAUCUGUUUGAGGUUAGGCUGUCCCUGUGGACUUGUAUCAAAUCAAUUUGUUAGAUAUGCAGAGGUUGUUGGGUACUUCCAAGUAGUUAAGAUCAUGCUGGUAAAGUCAACUUUUGCCUCCUUUUUCUUUGGAAGUAAUAAAAUGAAAGUAAGAUACUUGGAAGCAAGAUCCUGACCUGAGCUUUCUUUCUUUCACUUAUUUUAGCUUUAUUGUACUUUUGGAUAAGGCCUUUAUUUCAACCCUUGUACCCCUGCAUAAUAUGAAUACAUCCCAAAUGUACAUUUAUCCAGUAUACAUUUUUUGUUGUCUCUUGUUAAAGGGAGGUACUCCAGCAAAUGAUUGGAAGGAAUGUCGAUCCUCAGAAGAGGUUUGUUCUAUUAAAAAGGAUUUUCACUGAUUAUUUAUCACUUUUAGGGCAGUAUGGAAGCACACCUUACAUGUAAAUAAAAGCACACUGCACAUGUUUACGGUGAAUUAAUGUUUGCUUAAAUUCAUGGUAACCAAACCUUGAAUUAAAGGGAGCUAAAUAAUCCUGUGUCCCACAAAGAUAUUUCACAACUGUUGUUCUUUCUUUGAACUUUUUUGUGUGAUGCACUCUGGUAUGAAACCAAGUGCAAAUUGCUCUAUUGUGCAUGCGAUUCUUGAACGUCCAUGUACUGGGCUGGGAAUGUAGGAGAACCUGUAUUUAUGAAACAGAUGAAGAUCUCAUCCACUGUGAUGUGAACCUAAUAGUCUGUCUACUGGCUCUUCGCAUUACAUGUCCAACUGGCCAUAUGUAUUAAAGCAUUUUUUCAAGGCAGGUGGGAGAAGAAUAUCAUUAGGUACUCUCAAGGAGACCUGUGUCUUGUUAACUGCCCACUUUCUAUUGUCCCCUCUUAAGCAAGCGACCUUGAAGUACAUUGGCUGAUGCAGUGACACUAAUCCAAGUAACCUGAAACUUACCCAAUAAACAAACCGGGUCUGGUGGCCAACACACACAUGGGGCCCUAGGCAACAGUAGCUUUCCCUUCCAUAGUAUUGAAUACAUAGAUCACAUUACAUCUGUUUCACUGCUGCCCAAGCAACAAAGCAGCCAUAGAGAUGUUGCCAUUGCAUGUGCUUUGAAGCAUUAUUGUCUUCCUGACUUGUCAAACCAGAAUGGAAAAAGACUCCAUACCGUGUGCAUAAUUGCUGUAGAAUAAGAAAAAGCCAUAGCUGAUAUACUUCUGUACAUAGAAUUUCUUAAGAUGUACUGUCUGAGGCAAGCUGCAGAAGAAAAAGGAAGGAACUAUAUAUAGAGUUUGUAAAUAAGCCUGGCUAUAUUAUAAAUUUGUACUGGUAUUUUUCUGUAUAUUUGCAAUAUUGAGGUUAGAAAUAAAAACAAAAAUGGGCUUUUAUUGAA